ACAAAGCGCCCCGGCGCCGGACUCUCACGCCGACGACAGCGCGCGGAGAGUCCGGAUCCAGUCGGCGGCAGGCGCCGCGCGCCGGGUUUUGGCGCCGACCACGUGCGGCCCAGCUGAGGUGACUGGCAGGACUUGUUUACUGGUGGAGAGACUCGCAGAAAGGGAGACGGAAAGAGGGGGAACCUGAGGGAGAGCGACUGGUACAUGGAACGGGAAUGCAAGUUUUUCUACUUGGCCCGUGUUUUUAAGUCUUUUUACGUUUGUUUAUCGCAUCCUUUCUCGCUUACUGGGCACGAGACGCUCACUUCGCGUGUGUUUUGCUGAUUUUUUAACUCUACCGCCGACACUGAAAGCUCGUUUGUUUUGGAUGAGCUAGCUAGCGUUAGCUGUUUUCCCCGUCAGCUAACGUUAAUCUGAGAAAAGGCAACGGGCGGCGUGCUACUGACUUUUCUCACUUCGCGGCAACGUGCAGCCUGAACGGAGACGGUGUUUUUGCGGCUUUUUCUCGGCGGCGGACGGCAGAGAAGCGGCGUUUCUCCCCCACUUCGCCGCAUUUGUUUCCCCGUCUCCCGUUUUGCCGUGUUCUGGGUGUUCGUCCGUUUGCGGCGUGGUGGUCAGCUGGGGUGAAGGAGUUCAGAGGAAGGUCGUAGUGGGGAAAGCCGCGUCGCUGCACGUUUUUCCUGCACGUAGCUGCUCCGAGGAGUUUCCCGGGGAUGUUUUCCCACCUGUCUUACGAAGGGUGAGCCUCCGACAGGACGAUAUUAGGACCUGUGGACUCGUCAGGGGAGCGCGUAAACCCUCUUACCCCCGGCUUGGUUCUGUAUUGGACCAGAUCCACAACCUGAGUCCGCGUCUGCUGGAGGAACGCAGUAGGGAAGCAGUUUUUUUAAAGCCAAGCAUACGGAACACAGUUCUUCUAAAUUGUUUUCUGAAGUGGGUCUCCCCUCACUGGAGCAGUGCAUUAUAGAGAAAUGAGCCCAGGGCCAGUGGACCUCCUUCGGGGAUCUCUAAACUAGCCCUCUGCUGUGGAAAAUUAAUAAUAACACUAUUAUCCUUCUCCUGAUUCGCUAAAGCACAAAAAUUAAACAGAUGAAGGUGGACCCCCGCCGUCACUUAUGGAAAAUGAAGACUUUUACACGCGCGUGUGUCGCCAGAACCCAGGAUCACGUUAUUUAGUGGUCUGCUUAAGGCGAGCAGGGGGGCAACCUUCAGUCACCUGGCUCUAUUGGACCUGAAGAAUCUGUUCGCUACUUUUGAUAUCUCCAGCGUCUUUCGAAAUAUAAAUAUUUCUCCUAAGAUUGGAGAUUUUUUCUUUUUUUUAUCUUUGUGGAGACGCCUCAACAGCAGGAGGGCACAACUUAUUCUCAAGUCAAAAUGAGGCGGUGGACGCUAAAGCUGCGAGCACAAAUUGUGUUUUUUAUCCUCUGCACCUGCAUUAUAUGCCAGUGUGGACUAAUAAACGGAGAAAUUUGUCAGAGCAAGGACAUCCGUAACAAUGUGACCAAUCUUCAAUCUUUGGAGAACUGCACUGUUAUCGAGGGCCACCUGAAGAUUCUGCUUAUGUUCAAGACCAAGACCGAGGACUUCAGAGGUCUGAGCUACCCAAAGCUGCGAGUUGUGACCGACUACGUGCUGGUGUUCAGAGUUUAUGGCCUCGAGACUCUCGGCAACCUCUUCCCCAACCUGACCGUGAUCCGUGGCAACAACCUCUUCUUCAACUACGCUCUUGUGAUCUUUGAGACGCUGCAGAUGAAGGAGGUGGGUCUCCACAGCCUGAUGAACAUCACCCGCGGCGCGGUGAGGAUCGAGAAGAACCCCGACCUGUGCUACCUGACUACCCUGGACUGGUCCAAAAUCCUGGAUUCAGUAGAGGACAACUUUAUUGUAGCCAAUAAGAAUGAGGGGGAAUGUGGAGACGUGUGUCCUGGCACUGCCCAAGGUCAGCCUAUCUGCCAUCAGAACACCAUCAACGGACUAUUCAGGGGACGGUGCUGGUCGCAGAGCCACUGCCAGAGAAUGUGCCAUGACAAGUGUAAGCAUGGUGCGUGCAGCCUGCAGGGCCAGUGCUGCCAUGAGCAGUGUCUGGGUGGCUGUUCUGAACCAGGUAAUGCCAGCAGCUGUGUGGCCUGCAGGAACCUCCAACAUGGCAACACCUGUGUGGAGAAAUGUCCCGCCGGAUUCUUUGUCUUCAGGGGCUGGCGCUGCAUCAGCUUCUCUUUAUGCCAGGAACUCCAUAACCAGUGUAAGCAGACAAAGAAGAUGAACCAGGAUCGAGAUUCAGGCUGCUAUGAAUACGUCAUUCACAAUGGAGCCUGUAUUCCAGAGUGUCCUUCGGGAUACACCACUGUAAACUCCACUAUGUUGACCUGCUCGCGGUGCGCAGGCCUGUGUCCUAAGCGGUGUGUGGGAAACAAGACCAUCGACUCGGUAACUUCAGCCCAGGCGAUGCGAGGCUGCACCGUUCUCCAUGGCAACAUGAUCAUCAAGAUACGAGGAGGGAACAACAUAGCUGCUGAGUUAGAGGCUAGUUUGGGCCAGAUCGAGGAGAUCACAGGCUACCUGACUGUGCGCCGAGCCUACGCCCUGGUGUCUCUCUCCUUCCUCCGCAAGCUACGCGUCAUCAGGGGGGAGCAUCUUGAGACAGAUGUUUAUGCCUUCUACGCCCUGGACAACCAGAACCUGCGUGAGCUGUGGGACUGGUCCAAGCACAACCUGACCAUCCAGCGCGGCCGCAUGUUCUUCCACUACAACUCCAAACUUUGCAUGUCUGAAAUCAAAAAGAUGGAGGAGGUAACGGGAACCAAGGAGCACAACCAGAAGAAUGACAUCUCCUUACGCAACAACGGGGACCAAGCCUCCUGUGAGACUAAGACGCUGAAAUUCACUCUGAUCAAGACUUCAGCAGUAAUGAUUAUGUUGAAAUGGGAGCCCUUUUGGCCCUUGGACUUCAGAGACCUGCUGGGAUUUAUGGUCCUCUACAAAGAGGCGCCGUAUAGGAACGUGACGGAGUUCGAUGGGCAGGAUGCGUGUGGCUCUAACAGCUGGGCGAUCGCUGACGUUGAUCCCCCGUCACGACCCACGGACGGCAAGAAGCCCGAUGAUCCAGGACACUUGAUACGACCGCUGAAGCCAUGGACCCAGUACGCCAUCAUGGUCAAAACCCAGCUGUCUUCAUCUGAUGAGCACCAGGUGCAUGGAGCCAAGAGCGAGAUAAUCUACGUCCGCACCAACCCCUCCAAGCCCUCAGUGCCUCUGGACCCGAUUUCUUCUUCCAACUCCUCGUCUCAGAUCAUCCUAAAGUGGAAGCCUCCCACCAGUCCCAAUGGCAACAUAACCCACUACCAGGUUAUCUGUCACAAGCAGCCUGAGAGCAGAGACUUGUACACGUAUGACUACUGCCGACAAGGAAUGAAGCUGCCGUCUCGUACCCCAACCCACCUGGACAGUGAAGACGAGCAGAAGUGGAACCACACCGAUGAGCCUGCGUCGGGCGGCCGGUGCUGCGCCUGCCCCAAGACGGACAACCAGCUGAAGAAGGAGCAGGAGGAGAUAGAGUACCGCAAGACCUUUGAGAAUUACCUCCACAACGAAGUCUUUGAGAGCAGACCGUCCCGGCGGCGACGCUCAGUGGGAGUUGCAAAUUCCACCCAAAAUUCAAAUAUUUUUACCACGACUCCCAGUCUGGAGUCUGGCUUCAUCACAGCAACGCCUGAAGACGAAGGCAAGGACGAGGAGGAAGCCAAGGUGGAGUUGAAGGUUUACUCAAAAGAGUCAACAGUCAUCUCCAACCUGCAACACUUUACCAGUUACAGAAUAGAGAUAAUGGCCUGCAAUGAUCUGACAGAUCCCAAACACUGCAGUAUGGCUUCCUAUGUCAGUGCCCGAACUAUGCCAGAGGAAAAAGCUGACGAUAUCCCGGGCCCUGUGACCCAUGAGAUAGUAACAUCUGAGUCCCCCCAUGUGUUGAUAAAAUGGAAUGCACCACGCUCUCCUAAUGGCCUCAUCAUCCUGUAUGAGGUGUUCUACAGGAAGAUUGGAGACCCAGAGAUUCACGUUUGUGUGCCCCGUGCAGAUUACAACAAGACGGGUGGCGCGAGGCUUUCGCUUUUGCAGCCUGGGAACUACAGCGUGAGGGUCCGCGCCACCUCCUUGGCAGGAAAUGGCUCUUUUACAGAGACCACAUACUUCUUCAUGCCCAACCCGGAUCCUGGUUUAAUUUGGAUCGUGAUCGGUCCGGUCAUCUGCUGCAUCCUGCUGCUCUUUGUUGGAGGUGGAGUGGUGUGGAUGCUUAAGAAGAGGCAAACAGAAGGCCCAACAGGACCUCUCAUCGCCUCCUCCAACCCUGAGUACAUCAGCGCCAACGAUGUGUAUGUUCCUGAUGAAUGGGAAGUGCCCCGGGAGAAGAUCAACCUGCUCAGGGAGCUGGGUCAGGGCUCCUUCGGCAUGGUGUACGAAGGAAUCGCCAAGGACAUUGUCAAAGGAGACCCGGAGACGCGCGUCGCUGUGAAGACAGUCAACGAAUCGGCCAGCCUGCGGGAGAGGAUCGAGUUCCUUAACGAAGCCUCUGUCAUGAAGGCCUUCAGCUGUCACCACGUGGUACGUCUGUUGGGGGUGGUGUCCAAAGGUCAGCCCACCCUGGUAGUGAUGGAGCUGAUGACCCACGGCGACCUCAAGAGCUACCUGCGCAGCCUCAGGCCCGACUCUGAGAACAACCCAUCAGGCCACCCCCCACCUACACUGAAGGAGAUGAUCCAGAUGGCCGCAGAGAUCGCAGACGGCAUGGCUUACCUCAACGCCAAGAAGUUUGUGCACAGAGAUUUGGCUGCCAGGAACUGCAUGGUGGCCGAGGACUUUACUGUCAAGAUUGGAGACUUUGGAAUGACGCGAGACAUCUAUGAGACUGACUACUACCGUAAAGGAGGGAAGGGGCUGCUUCCCGUCAGGUGGAUGGCUCCAGAGUCUCUGAAGGACGGGGUCUUCACGGCUCACUCUGACUGCUGGUCGUUUGGUGUCGUGCUGUGGGAGGUCAGUACGCUGGCAGAGCAGCCCUACCAGGGUCUGUCCAAUGAGCAGGUUCUAAAGUUUGUCAUGGAUGGAGGCUACCUGGACCGUCCAGACAACUGUCCUGAGAGGAUGCACAGCCUGAUGCAGAUGUGCUGGCAGUACAACCCCAAGAUGCGUCCGGCGUUCCACGAGAUCAUCGAGAUGCUGCGGGAGGACCUGCACCCGUCGUUCCAGGAGGUCUCCUUCUUCUACAGCGAGGAGAACAAGGUCCCCGAGACUGAGGAGUUUGACCUGGACCUGGAAAACAUGGAAAGCAUCCCCCUCGACCCGUCCUCAUACUCGCAGAGGGAGGAGAGCUUAAGCAGGGACAGCGGGCCCUCUGUGGCCCUCAGGGGGAACUAUGAGGAGCACGUCCCCUACACACACAUGAACGGUGGCAAGAAAAACGGACGAAUUUUAUCUUUGCCCAGAUCCAGUCCUUCCUAACGUUUCCUGUUUUCUUAAAGAACUUAUUUAAUCUUCCCAGCCUUUCCCACUCGACUUCGUCUUGUAGUCCAUUGUUCUGUAUUCAUCAUGUUCCUCCUGUCAUUUUCUAAUGAUUUUAUUAUUCUUGUAGAAGAACUUCAAAAAUGACACAGAUCUCAGGACCAUACCUUAGCUUAACUCUUUGCUGCCAGACACAGACAAGCAAGAGAUGCAAACGUGGUUAACACGUGGUUAACACUUUUUUUUUUUUACUUCGGACAUCAUGCGUAUUGGUUUUCACUAUUGCCACAUUUCCAGGACUCAUCUUGGCGAAAACAGAGGAAAAAAAACUGUGAACACAACAAACCUUAGACAACCAAGAAGGCUGCUGACGCUCAACUUCCUCAAGGCUUGUCCCUCUUGUCCCCAUCAGAUCUGCAUUUCACGUCGAAGUGACAUCUUUCUAUUCAUAUAGUGGCCUUCUUAUAUGUGGCCUAUAAACAAAGAGAAGUGUCUGUCAGCGCUCAUACUAGUUUCACGUUGAACGAUGACUUAAAUCGUUUUGGUUGGUGGGAUGACUUGCAAAGACUUGAUCCUAGAACAAAAGACCUAUUCCUACAGGAAUGCUAGCUCUCUUUUUUUGGUUCUGCAGAAUUCCAAACUACACACAGAUUCACUGGGUGUUUGGUGAAUAGUUUUAAUUUAUUUGCUUUCGUUGUCAUUUUCUCUCCUUUCCUUCUACCUUUUGAUUUGUGUCCUCACUAUAUGGCUGAAGGAUAUUUAAACAGUUAAGAAUUGGACUGACGAGUUCCUCAGACUGACCAAUAGCUGCUGCUUUGAUGUAUUUUAGUGAUAUAGAAAUAUAGAAAUAUAUAUAUAAUAUAUAUAGUGUAUAUAGAAUAUUGGUGUUUUUAUACCAAUAUUUUAUAUAUAAUAUAAACAUAACAUAUUGAGUUUUUGUAAAUAGUUCUUAUUUGUACGAUUUCUCAUCAGAAGCUUUGCGAAUAUUUUGUUUUGACAGUUUUUCUUUCUGGGGUUUUUAAUUGUUCCUUUUUAUAAGCCCAGAAAUCACACUAAUCUACCAUCAGUGCUCUCUGUGUCUUAGGCUGCUGUCCGGUCUGUCUGUCUGUCUGUCUGUCUGUCUGUCUGUCUGUCUGUCUGUCUGUCUGUCUGUCUGUCUGUCUGUCUGUCUGUCUGUCUGUCUGUCUGUCUGUCUGUCUGUCUGUCUGUCUGUGUGAAUGGGAAAGGAGAAAGCCCUGAAAUAUUGGCAACUCCCUACAUUUUUUAUGAACCUUGUUCCCACUGAGAGCUGUCAAUACUUUGAGGCGCUUUUACAACAGCAAUGAUAAAAACCAACAACAAAAAUGGGAUAAUCGAAAAGGCUUGAUGCAAAAGGGGAAUGAGGGGAGUGGAGGUCCACCUGUUUGGCUCUGGUCAGGUCCCGCUGGAUCGAAGCGUGUGACGUGCUUCAUAUCACAUGUUUCUAUGCGUCGCAGCUGAUUGUCAGCGUCUUUGUUAACUCUCCGCGCUCAGAAUGUGCUGAGAGCUCGUCCCGGCUUCGUGAUUGUACUCGUCCUUGUGCUCGGUGACAGGUCAGCACCAGCUCUCACUAAACUACGGGUCAGGCAGAUAUUUGGUCCUUGGUUCUGUCUGUGGCUGCAGACAGGUCCCCGUCCUGAGGCGUCCUAUUGGCUGCUGAGCUCUCUGUUCAGAAUCAAGCCGGUGGAAAAUUCCACGUUUCGUGGCGUGAGCGCUGGGGAGAAAUGUGGAAAGUUCCAGCUGCGUUCAGAGUCCACAGCAGGUAGCGGCGCGAGGGAGGCCUCUUUCAGUGUGUGUGUGUCAUCCUGCUACUCUCUGCACUAUCACAUGCAGUUAGGCAGCGGGGACGCGGUUUGCAGCAGCGCUGUCACUCAGGCCUGGGUUUUCAGGACGUCACCUCACCACCGCUUGAUCCCCCUUCUUGAUCAUCCAUCAGGACCUAUGUGUUUGAGCCUCUUUCCCGUCUCACACGCCUCUAAAAAUGCCCCCGACAUGUUAACUGUCUUCCUUGUGUUUCCUGCGCUCAUUAACUCACCUCAGCCAUCAGAGUCUCACACCAGAUCCUCCCCAGAUGCUCCCCUCUCGCACUCAAACAGCCAAACAGCAUCCAGCACUUACAGCAUCGCCAAAGUGUUGCCAGCCUUCUGUCAACCACAACAAAACCUACAGAAUCAGAGCGAGCGAAGGCAGAGAAGCUGCCUCUCCUUAUUGUACCAGUGCCUUCUCAAACCCAGAGCCACGCAUGCGCAGACCCAUUGUAAUGGCUAGAGCAACACAGACACACAGACACACACACACACACACACGCACACACACACACACACACACACACACGCACGCACACACACACACACACACACACACACACACACACACACACAGCUCCUCUCUGUUCUUACUUUGUGAGCUUGGCGUCACAUCUGCGUUCGUGUCAUCAGGUCACAGCUUCGUCUUUUCAGGCCGCUCGCUCCUUUUUGUCUCAGCGUCCUGUCCCUCUGAACUUCAAAAACCUAAAAAAAACUUAAAACCUGAAUGAAAAAGAAUCACAAUCAGAAAUACUGCCCAUCGGUAGUUGUGAAAACCUACACUGCAGCCUCAGAAUCAGGACAUAGCUGUUGUCCCCAUCUUGACCUGUCGCUUAUCAUGCAGCCGUGUGCUGUGCUCACGCGUGUGCGCUCUUUAACUCCGACGGUGCCCGUGUGUUGGACACCAGAUGUUUAUUUCAUUCUGAGAGGAAGGCGGUUCGCUGUGUUCCUGUGCCGGCAGAGAGGCUGGUCGUGGGCAGCAGCGCUGGUUCCUGUGGCCUUUGUGUUUGGGCCAGAGUCUACCUCAGCGCAGAUGGAGGACUCCGUGCCCCAUCAUUUCAAAUAGCAUUCUCACCGUGCGGUACCAACACCGCUGAUGAAUUCACUUUCCCCAUCGUCGUUGUGCGUUGACCUUCACUAUAAACAAACCUGUGGACUGUGUGUAGCAGUGGCUCCACUGGUUUCUGGUGACAGUGUGUAUAAUGAUCUGUUCGGCCUAAAGCCCUUCUCACCUCCAGUCUGUCGGCCCAUCUCUUUGUGGUCAAACUGUUAGCAUUGAAAUCCCACCUCACCUCCGGUUGUCCGUCUGUUUUGGUUCUUCGUCGUCUUUUGUAUGUGUGUUUUUUCUACUGUGAAUACCAAGAGAUGACCUUUAUUUUCUGUCAGUGCCAUGGAUCGGGUCUGUUGUGGCUGACCAGGACGCUGGCGGCUGGGCUGGUUUUAAAGUUUUAAACCGAGGAGGACCAUCACUCCCCCUCGCUGCAAAGAAAACAGAGGGUGGACUGGGACAACCCUGUGUGCCAUAAGAACUAUUAACAGACUCGAAAUCUAGAUUGUAACUUCUCGUCUCAGGGAGGCGGCCUGAUGCUUUGUGGUGGGAGGGUGGAGGGGGGAGGAGGGGGAGGAGGACUACCUUCCUGCUGUUUUUUCUACUCUGACUGAAGAGCAAGUUCUCUGCAUCCUCGCAGACAGCAGCCGGCGAUGACAAGGACACAACAACAACAACAACAACAACAACAACAACCCAAACGACCUUGACACAGAUCUGAACCAUUUCUCCCUCUGUGAUGAUUUAUCAGGAAUCCUCUGUCUCCCUGACGUGACGCGGUGUUGACUGCCCUCUAGCGGCUGGAAGGGAGGACUGCGGGUCAGGGGUGGCGAAGCGGACGGGGCCCCUGACCCAUAGUGCCUUGCUCAGACUGACCGGCCACCCGACCCGUCCCUCUCAGUCCGUAUGAGCGGAACCACCACUCACCAGCGUGUCUCCACCAAUCACUGAAGGGGAUUUUUCACCAAACAGAAUGAAAUCGAAAUGUUUUUAUGAAAUUCUGUAUUUUUGGUUUUGUUUUGUUUGUUUGAUGCCCGGACAAAUAGAUUCUGACCGCUCGGUGAGGAAACACUGUAAUUGGGGAUUAUAUGACAGGUGACUUUUACCAAAAAGAGGCCGACCCUGUUGCGUGUCUGCUCUGCUGAGGCCUGGCUCGCUGCCUGCAUGCGUAAUGACUCGUCUCCACCAGCAGGCGGCGCGGUCACUCGAGGCUCGCGCUUCCCUUCAGCCCAUUUUUUGGCCAAAGCACACGCGAAAUCGCACGAUUAGCGGCGAGCGGUUGUGUUACGAUUGGGUUUGGUUUUUUUCCCAAUCGCCCGUUAAAGUGGAAGCGUUACACGUUAAUAAGCUCUUAUCUGUAAAUAGCCCACGGAAAACGAAAGCACUUGAUUUUAGGGGAAGUUUAGGUUUGUUUUGUUGGACUCCGAUGACCUAAAAAGCGAUGGGAUUGAACACGCCAGCAGAGUGAGAACAAAGCAUUGUAUGUAUUAUUGUUUUAAAGAGAAGAAAAAAGUAUUACAUUUUAGAGAUGUUGAUUUCUAUUUUUUUUAGCCAAAGUAGGAAGGGAAAGUAAUUACCCUUUUCUGACUGUAAACUUUUUACUACACUUGUACAUUAUGAAUUUAAAAUUGUUAUCAAUGUGUAUAUAACUUUUUUUCCUCUAAAUUUGAACAGCUAGAUUUCUUUGUUUAUCCUUGUUUGUUCGUGUGCUCGUGACACAAUCCGCCACACAGAGGCGCGCAGCGCGGAGUCUGUCCACGUGUUGAACGGGAGCGGCUCGACUCCGGUCCGAGGACUCGACCCGGUCUAACAUGAACAGCGCGUGGCCUGAGACGUUUCCCGCCCUUAACCCCGUGCAUGUCCUGAAUGUUGGUGAUACGUGCGUUUGGACCGCGUCAGCCAAAAAAAGCCUUUCUCUCCCGUCAAUAAGACGCCACCUGUCUCAGAUGUUGUGUGUAUUGUUUCUGACCAGAUGUGUGUUUAGUACAUGUUUUUUUUUUGCUCAAAAGACUGGAAGACCACUGCUUAUCCUUUUAAUGGAGAGGAAUGGAGUGACGAAAUGCUGAAUAAGCUAAAAAUGAAACUUCACUGGUGUUUCAAACUGUACAUCCAAACCGGAAGUUGUUAAAGGGUUUAGACCCGCGUCUCCAUAAUAAACAUGACGCUGCUGUCAAAACCAAAUCUGCUGAGGAUUUAACACGAUGCACACCAUGGCGCAUUGAGGCGCAGGCCCGUGGUUUCCCGCGCGUUUGAUUGCGUCAGCUCACCCCAUAAACUGCUUGGCGUCGACUCACUGUAACGCGUGACGUCAGAUCCAGAUCGCAGCGUUUCGUGCCGCAGACCUUCAUCCCUCCUUUGAACUGUUAAACGCGUCGGCGAGUGCUGCUGCGUCUCGGCCGACGCUCCUCGCCGUCUGCGUGUGCGGCGACGAACCAGGGGGAAAGCAGCUGGACUUUCAAAGUCCCGUGUCGCUCUGGAGCGUUGCUCUGGUUUACGCGCCCAAAGGUUUCUAUUCGUCUCUGUCCCGUUCUCUGUGCCGUGUGCUGUUUAAAUCAGUGGACUUGUGUCUGUAUCGUCCUCAGUUGACGCCUCGACCGCAGCUCUCUGUCUGAUCGCGCCUCCUCCUCUCGGUCCUUUCUCUCCCUCCUCGGUGCACAUAGGUGGUCCCCAGAAGGCUGUGUGCAGUCCUGCAGGUUACCUCUUCAUUAUUGUCCUGUUUUUAUUUUUUUAUUUUUGUCAGUCGUACAUGCUGAUGUAUUAAUUUCGGGGCUGUGUGCAGACAGCAGCUGUAUAUGUGUGAGUCUGUACAGUACGAACCCGCAGCAACACGAGGACGCUUCAUCCCUCACACUGGAUCCAAAUGUGCCAUUAUCUUUAUAUAUCACAUAUAUCAUAUAUUGAACACACACACAAACACCCACACAGGCAGAGAUACAUGCAUAUUGUACAGGAUCAAAAAUGUGCCAUGACUAAAUGAACGCUUGACAAUUUAUUUUUUCUAUGUUUUCAAAAGGAGAGCCAAGUAGUGACAUGUACAGAAAGUGUUGCAAUGAUAUGAAAAUAAAAAAAACUUGCUGUGUGUAAAUUAUUCAACAAUUAACUGUUUAUAUUAAAAUUAUGAAUAACAUUA